AUUAAGUGUUAAUCAAUCAUAUGGUCUAACUAUACUGGAGAUGUAUACCAGUUAUUUCCUUGGAAAAGUUUGGACGAGAUUGCCAGUUGAGACGUUGGAUUUGCUUCCAAUUCAUUCUCUGAAAUUUUAUAAAUAUAUUCUUCCGCUUUAAUGUCUAACGAUUAUUAACCUUAAGAUGGUGGUUGGAGGUAUCCAAUGGGAAACCCUCGACCCGGGUUUUGUUAUCAAGGUGCAGCUGUUUUUUGAGAGAACUGGUGCUUCCUGACGGAUUAGAUCUCGUGUCACCCAGCUUCACAGUCGGAAACGUUACCACUAAGCUAUCCGGGCCGCGAGCGACCUCCUGUAGGACUCAGAUGUAAUCACAAUUGAUCGAUCACUGGGUGGUGAUUAAUGUCAUGUGUGUCAGGUUCUUCUUAUUUCCGAUCGACUACAUCCAACCACCAUUUUAUUUCAACAUAGUGCACGCAAUGUCAAGUCACCUAGACUAGUGGCUACAUUGCAACAUGGUCGAUAGCUUUGAUAAAAAUCUGUUUUAUUACAAUUCACAUUAACUCAACCAUUUUCAUUCUAGAUCCAUAGAUAUUUUGCUGAUAUUUAUACCAUGUAAUAGAAUAAAUUUUUUCCAGAGUGGUCUAGCUUUAAUCAAUUCAUGAAUCCAACAAUUAAGAAUUGCUGCAAUAUCCACAAAAACCCUCUUUUGAUAAUGAUCACCAUGUGCUCAUUAUUGCUGGCUUCAUGAGGUAUUUCCUAGAGUUCUAGUGAAAAGCCGUACACAGUGGAGUUCAACUGUAUCUGCUGUGGAGGCAAUUACUCAUUGAAGACAAUGGCAGAUGGUCACGCAAUAUCGUAGAUUGGUUGUAGUUAAACACCAAAACCGUUGGAUGCUGAUCGGCUCAGUGAUCAAGCGUUCGCCCACAUGACCGGAGGUUCUUUCUUGGUUUGAGUCCCGCGUGCGGGAUCGUGUAUGCACAUUGCUGAGGGAUUCCGUACUAGAACGAAACGGCCGUCCAAUAUUUCCAAGUUUUUCAUGGUGAUCUAGCUUUAAUCGAUUCAUGAAUUAAACUAUUAAAAAUUAUUACAAUCUCCACAACCGCUCCCUCCCCUUUCUGAUAAUAAUAUAAUAUUAUCAAAUACACUAAUUUAAAUCAAUUUUAUUUUUAUUUUUCAGUUCGAUCAGUGAUUUUUAUCUCAUUCAUGUCAUUUCAUAGAAUUAUUAUCAUUUUUGGUAUAAUAAAUACAUUUGUGUUACUAUGGCUACUACAUAAAUAUGAUGUAUAUAACACUUGGAAUGUAACAAUACAAAUGAAUAAUGAUAUAUUAAACAAUUCAGAAUUCUUAACAUUUAAUCAAGUAGCAAAUUUACAUGUUUAUAUUGUGGAAGAACAUCAUGAAGUCAUUCCUUAUUGGUUUACUGCUGCCAAGUCAUUUAAUAAUAAGAAAGCUGUUUUGCUUCAUAUUGAUGCUCAUAGUGAUAUGGAUUAUCCAGAAUUAGUAGAUGAAUUUCCAAUUGGUCAUUUUCCUCAUUCAUAUAAUGAAAUGAAAACAUUAAUGCAAGCCAAUGAUGAAUUUAUUCAGAGUGCAAUUAUUACAAAUCUUAUUCAAACUGUAUAUAUUAUAUAUCCAUAUUGGACAUUUAAUACAAGUUAUGCAUAUACAUCUAGUUUAGGUAUAACAACAAUUAAUAAUACAAAUCAAAUUUGUAUGUGUCUUAAUAUUAAUACUACUGAUAAUAAUACUGAUAAUAAUGAUGAUGAAGAAGAAGAUAAUUGUAAAACUCGUAACCAAGAUAAUACUUUAAAUGAUUUUAUAUUAUCAUCCAAUAAAUGUCCUAAAACAUGGUUAUAUCAUUAUAUUGAAUUAAAUUCAUUAACAGCAUCAAAUAUUCUACGUUAUUCAAAAUAUUGGUCAUUAAAUAAAUUAUUAAAUGUAAUGAAUUCUAAACCAAUCACAUCUUAUCACCAGGCAAAUCAACCAAAUCAUCAUCAUCAUCCUCAUCAUGAUCAUUAUUUACCAUUAAUACUUGAUAUUGAUGAAGAUUUUUUUGGUGUACAUCUUGUUACCAAUAAUUUAUUAAAAUCUGGUUUAAAUAUAAAUUUUAUUCAUACAAUUAAUUCAAUUAUUUCAUUAAUAUUUUGUCCAAUUAAUUAUAUAAAUGAAAUACAAAUUGAUCAAAUUUUUCGUUGGUUACUAGAACAAACUUAUAAAAAUAUACAUUUAAAAAAUGAUCAUAAAUCAAUAAUCGAUAAUAAUCAAUUAAAUAUGAUCUUAAAAAAAAUCAAUAAAACUCUUCAAAUAACUGAUAUAUUUUGUCAUAAUUAUACAAUAUAUUUAAUAAAAUUAAAUGAAUUAUUUAUAAAUAAUACAAUAACAUAUAAACAAAUUCAUAUAUUGAAAUAUAUAGGUGUUUGUUUAACUAAUUCAUUAAUAACCUAUCAAUAUAUACCAGAAAUACAUUUAUGUUUAGGACAUAAUUUACCUAAUCAAUCAUUAGUAGAUGAAUUUUUACCAACAUCAAAUGAUUUAUUAAAAUUAGCAAUACAUUUUACACAAAUUUUAUUAUCAAUACCAUAUCAACCAAAUAUAAUUACUAUAGCUCGUUCAUCACGUGAUGGUUACACACCUAGAUGGUUACAAUAUGAUAUUGAAUUAAUGAUAUUAAAUAUAAUAAAAACAGUAUUUAAUUUAACUGAAAAUAAUAUUAUUUAUACAAAUCAUUUAGCUGGUGAUAAAUAUUAUGGUUGGUAUCAUCGAUUUAAAUGGACAAAUGAAAAUCAAUAAAAUACAUAUUAUCUAAUUCUUAAUAAAAAAAGAAAAAAAGAAAAAGGAAAAGAAAAAUGUAACAAUAGACAAUUUAUAAACAUGUAAAUAUAUCGUUAAAAUAAAUUUAUUUUAGAAAAAAAUUAUGUAAUUGAAUAAUGCUUUCGUCAGAAAUUUCCAAUGGUUUAGAAAUCUUUAAAAACUAAUAAAUAUUACAUAUCAAAAGGGGUUUUGUGGAGAUUUUAGUAAUUUUUAUAAGUUGAAUACAUGAAUCAAUUGAAGCUAGUUCACCAUG